AUGGCGACCGGUGGCUACCGGGCUAGCAGCGGCAGCACCACAGACUUCCUCGAGGAGUGGAAGGCGAAGCGCGAGAAGAUGCGCGCCAAGCAGAAUCCCCAGGGCCCGGCCGCGGGCAGCAGCGACCCGGGCGGGAAGCCCCAAGUGGGAGUGCUGGGCACGUCGGCGACUGCCGUGGCCAACGAGCUCAACAACAACCUCCUGGCCGGCGCGGGCGCACCUGCCUCCUCCGGCCCCGGGGGCGUGAACUGCGCCGUCAGCCCCGCCACUCUGGCUCGGGCCGUCCCAGGUUCGCGGAGGCCGGAGGAGGAGCCCCCUGCCGCCGCUGCCCCCGCUUCGGGGCCACCGCCGCCCCGGGGCGAUGAGGAGGAGCGGGACGGAGCUCCAGAGAAGGGCAAGAGCUCGGGCCCCAGCGCCAGGAAGGGCAAGGGGCAGAUCGAGAAGAGGAAGCUGCGGGAGAAGCGGCGCUCCACCGGCGUGGUCAACAUCCCUUCGGCAGAGUGCUUAGAUGAUUAUGAAGACGAUGAAGCAGGGCAAAAAGAACGGAAACGAGAAGAUGCCAUUACACAACAAAACACGGUACAGAAUGAAGCUGUAAGCUUAUUAGAUCCAGGCACUUCCUACCUGUUACAAGAGCCAUCUAGAACAGUUUCAGGCAGAUACAAAAGUACAACCACUGUUUCUGAAGAAGAUGCCUCAAGUAGAUAUCCACGACCAGAUAGAAGUGGGUUCAGUAGAUAUAACAGGGAUGCAAAUGUUUCAGGUAAUUUGGUCUCAAGCAGCACAUUGGAAAAGAAAAUUGAAGAUCUUGAAAAGGAAGUAGUAAGAGAAAGACAAGAAAACUUAAGACUUGUGAGACUGAUGCAGGAUAAAGAAGAAAUGAUCGGAAAACUCAAAGAAGAAAUUGACUUGUUAAAUAGAGAUUUAGAUGACAUAGAAGAUGAAAAUGAACAACUAAAGCAGGAAAAUAAAACUCUUUUGAAAGUUGUUGGGCAGUUGACAAGGUAG